AUAGGGCAGUAGACUUCCGCAAGACAUAUCUUGCUUGUACUUUACCUGGUUGAGGUCCAAGGUGGAGAAACAUAUGGUGCAAUUGUUUUCAACUCUUCGCCCACGCGCUGUCACUACAGGCUGGAAAGGGUACGCGAAAGUCCCUACGUGGAUUCCAUAGAGGGAAACAGUCGAAUCCAGUGUAGAACUCACCCGGGUAUAUAAAGAGGCAUUCAGAAUCAAGUUUAGAAGUGAAGAGAAUCUCACUCCACAACGCAGGCAACUGAAGUGCUUACCUUCUCUAAAACGGGCGCAGUUUUCUCAAGAAAACGAUCUACAGCUCGAAUUUUUUCAGGAGUCAUGGCCACCAUGAAGCUGAUCGUUGUCCUCACGAUGACAACCGUGGUUGUCGUCUGUGCCCGUGACCCCGAGCUCACAACCGAUUUCGCCGUCCCAGUAGGAACGGACGCUUCCAUGAUCACUGGAGAUUUCUUCACAUUCACGGGCCUCAGAAACUUCUCCGCUAUGCCAAGCACCUUCGGCGCCCAGAAGGUUACGCAGAUCGAAUUCCCCGCUCUCACUGGACUCGGCGUCGGUGUGACCCUCCUCGAGUACAAGCCCAACACUCUGAACCCUCCCCACACUCACCCCCGUGGAACAGAGCUCAUCUACGUCAUGGCCGGACGCUUGGACGUCGGCCUCAUCGACUCUGCCAACAAGCUGUACUCCGCCCAACUCCAAAAGGGUGACCUAUUCGUGUUCCCUCAGGGUCUUGUUCACUUCCAGAUCAACAUGUCCAAGAAACAGACUGUUCGCGCCAUCUCUGCUUUCGGUAGCUCCAACGCCGGCACCAUCUCGUUGCCCAGGAAUAUCUUUGGCUCUGGCAUUGAGGACGAGGUUCUCCUCCAGGCUUUCAAAAUCACUUCCGCUGAGUUGAUGAUGUUGAAAGCUCCAUUCAUGCCGACCAUGUAAAUUGACAGAUGCAAGAACUGAAAUCUUAGGGAGGGUAAACUUCAUAGUGCAUGCGUAGUGGUUUCUUAAACUCUGCCCCACAGCUUGAUGCCAGUAAUUCCAGGACAUCUUUCAUUUAAAAGUUUCUGAUUUUCACCAGAUUGUAUGCUCCCUGUCAGGGAGCUUCGAAGUAAAUUGGCUUCGCGAAUUGUAUACACUUAGAAUUUCUGUAAUCGCUUCAGGCAGUAAAUUAUUACCGUUCCCUCUGGCAAAUUAAC